AUGGCUCGUAAUUUUGAAUGCAAAAAGAUAAAUAGUGAUGAUAUGACAUCAUCCAAGAAAUAUUCCAAAAAUGUUGGCGAGAAAUUUAAUUUGAUUUCUUGUACAAAAUUGUUUGCGCUAAGCAUGUUAUUUUUGAUAUGCCAAAAUUAUGAAAAUAGCCCACAAAGCACAUCUUCACACCAAGAAUACCAAUAUAAUGGUUUGGUUUUAGGAAACAGAAUAUUAUCAGAAUUGGAUCAAGCUGAAAAUCAUACUAUAAGUUAUAAAACAAACAAUUAUGAAGACUCUUCGGUUGAAAAUCCAAAUCAGCAAACCUCCGAUAGUUCAUCAUUACAAACUGAUGAAGAUAAAAAAAAAGAUGACAGUGAUGCAACAUCCAUUGGAGAAACAUCACCAACUACAGAAACGACAUCAGUUGAAGAAACAGUAACAAUUGAAGACACAGAAUCAGUUGAAGAAACAGAAUCAGUUGAAGAAACACCAUCAACAUCAACUGAAGAAACAUCAUCAACUGGAAAAAAAACAUAUGUUGAUAGAAUAGCUUCCAUUUUAAAUCCAUUAAUCAAUGGCGAAAAAAAAUCUACCGAAAAAAAAUCUAGUGAAAAAAAAUCUAGUGAAAAAAAAUCUUCUGAUGAACAAAGCUCUUCUGAUGAACAAAAUUCUUCUGAUGACCAAAAUUCUUUUGAUGACCAAAAACUAUUUGAAGAUAUUGAUAAUCUAAUAAAUGGAAUCAAAUCACGUUAUCAAGAGUUCAGCGCUAAAAUAAAAUCACCAGAAUUCCAAAACAAAUGUAAAAGCUAUAUGAAUACUGCAAAAGAAAUGAUUGAAGAACGUAGAAACUGUGCUAUGAGCUUUAUAUCUAGAAAUUUAAAUGCCUUAGGUAUUGAUAAGAUAUUCGAAGAUGAGUUUGGUGGUUAUGCACUCCUUGGAAAAAUGAUGUUAACAAAAGUCUUUAUUGACAAUAUGUUCAUUCCUGACUUCUUAAGAAAUAGCUCAACAAUAAUUUUAACUAUAGUUUAUUUCUUAAUAAUGAUGUUCAUCGUAGGAAGCUAUCUUGAUAUCAAUCAAGAUACUAAAACUGAAAGAAGAAAUACAAAUGAAUCUAAAUUGUUCAAUAGAACACAACCACCUAUGUAA